AUGAAAAACCACUCUUUGACUGAAUUCAUCCUUCUUGGACUAACAGAUAUUCCAGAGCUUCAGAUUAUCAUUUUCAUAUUUCUCCUCCUCACAUACCUGUUCAGCAUCAUUGGGAAUCUGACAAUCAUCAUCCUCACCCUGCUGGACUCCCACCUCCAGACUCCCAUGUAUUUCUUCCUCCGGAAUUUCUCCUUCCUAGAAAUUUCCUUUACAUCCACUUUCACUCCUAGGCUGCUAUUCAGCAUCUCAACUGGGAUCAAGACUAUCAGCUUUGCUGGAUGCUUCACUCAAUAUUUCUUUGCUAUUUUCUUUGGGGCCACUGAAUUUUACCUUCUGACUGCCAUGUCCUUUGAUCGCUAUGUGGCCAUCUGCAAACCUCUGCAUUAUACCACCAUUAUGAACAGCAGGAUUUGCCUCCAGAUGGUUCUCUGCUCUUGGCUUUGUGGCUUCCUGUUCAUCUUGUUCCCAAUCAUCCUGACCAGUCAUCUGGAUUUCUGUGGGUCCAAUGUGCUAAAUCAUUAUUACUGUGACUAUGGACCCCUCAUAGAAAUCUCUUGCUCAGACACUAGUCUACUGGAACUAUUCAACUUUAUCUUAGCACUUCUGACACUGGUAGUCACACUGGUGCUGGAAGAAACAACUUCUUACUUGUGA